AAAGAUUACCCCUGCCCAGAGUGUGACAAAUGCUUUUCCAUGCCGCUGGAACUGGCGCGGCACCAACGUAGUCACCUGCCCAGGAAGAAGUUUGUGUGUGCGGCGUGCGGGAAACACUUCAGCAGCAAGUCAGACCUGAGCCGCCAUCAGAGGAUUCACACCGGGGAGAAACCCUUCAUGUGCUUCGAGUGCGGGAAAUGCUUCAGCAAAAAAUCUGAUGUCCUCCGCCAUGAGAAGAUCCACAGCGGGGAGAAACCCUUCUCCUGCCCGCAGUGUGGGAAAUGUUUCAGCCGCGACUCGCACCUCAGCCGCCAUCAGAGGACUCACACAGCAGAGAAGACAUUCACCUGCUCCGAAUGCGGAAAAGUCUUUUCACGGGAAAUGCAGCUCCAGCGCCACGUGCGAGUCCACACCGGGGAGAAACCUUUCUCCUGCUCGGAAUGCGGCAAAUGUUUCCGCAAGAAGUCCGACGUGUCGCGGCACGAGAAGAUUCACACUGGAGAGAAACCCUUUGUGUGUUCCGAGUGCGGGAAACGAUUCAGCCGCCAUUCGCACCUGGUCAUCCAUCGGCGCGUCCACACUGGAGAGAAAACCUUUUCAUGUUCGGAGUGCGGCAAAUAUUUCACACAGUACUCCACGCUCAUCUCCCACCGGCGCAUUCACACCGGGGAAAAACCAUUUGCUUGCAGCGAGUGUGGGAAAUGCUUUGCACAGAAGAGAGACCUCAACAAGCACAUGACCCAGCACACCGGCGUGAAGCCGUAUCCGUGUUCAGAGUGCGGGAAAAGCUUUGUGCUGAAAUAUGAACUGCGCAAACACCUUCGUAUCCACACCGAGGAGAAACACUUUGUCUGCACCGAAUGCGGCAAAUGCUUCAUCACCAAAUCUGACCUGGUCCGUCACCAGCGCAUUCAUACUGGAGAGAAGCCCUUUGCCUGCUCAGAGUGUGGGAAAUGCUUUAGCAGGUACACCUAUCUCGGCAUCCACCAACGCGUUCAUACCGGAGAGCGGCCCUUCGUCUGCUCGGAAUGCGGCAAAUGCUUCAGCCAGAGGACGGCACUGGCAGCACAUAGCAGGACACAUACCGGAGGCCGACCCUUUGCCUGCUCGGAAUGCGGCAAAUGUUUCAGCAAGAAGUCUGAUCUCCUCCGCCACCAACGCAUUCACACCGGAGAGAAACCCUUCACCUGUCCCGAGUGCAGCAAAUCCUUCAGCCGGCACACCUAUCUAAUGAUCCACAAGAGAAUCCACACCGGAGAGAAACCCUUCCUAUGCUCUGAGUGUGGAAAACAUUUCACCUAUCGGUCUCACCUAACCCGACAUCAGAGGAUCCACGCCGAGGAAUCCCUCUCUGAAUGUGAAUAG